UUCAUCCUCGUUUCGCGACGUGUUUGCAUAGUGUUUUCGGGGGCGUGCCCGACUCAUUUUGUCUUUAUUUCAUCACGAUGCUAUUACGUAAGCAGCAUGGCUGUCGAAGGGCUCGAGGCCUACACGUAAUGUAAUGGUCUUUAUUCCGGGGCAACGCUGGCCGUUUUUCAGACGGAUGCUGAGAAAAAGAACGUAGCAGCGGGUUUGAGCUUAACGAAUGGAACACGUUAUCUGAUUGGCCCACAUCCUGCAUGUGAAAGCGGCUGCUAUACGAUUCGACCAAUGGCAACCCUGGAAACACCACUCAUCGGGCUAAUCUCAUGUGAAACCUUUCUUCAGUUUAUCUGUGAAGCACCUAUCAUCUAUGACGUUCCUGAUGACGUGACCAUUUUCACAACAACCAGCGACUCCACAUCCAUCACUGCACAAUGGUCCUACUCUUCUUCAUCCACAUCCUACACGGGUUUCAGAGUAACUGCGACGCCCUCUACGGGUGCCCAACAAUCUACCGUGAAUGUUAAUUCUUCCGAGUUAUCCGCAACGUUGAGCGACCUUUAUUCCGGGACGGUGUACAAUGUGACUGUUUAUGUUCUUAAUGAAGAUCAGAUUAGCACAGGAGUGUCAAUGGAUUCAUUCACAUAUCCCGGAUAUGUGCCCUGCCUCUUGGCGACCAAUGUCGGAAAGGAUAUAACGAUAUCGUGGUCAAGUGCCGCUGGCGAGGUCCAUGGUUACCGCGUCUGGGCUUACGUCACAGAGAAGACCCAGGAGGACCAAGAGACAGGUGACCCGACCACCCUAUCGCAUACCUUUACCGGAAAGGACAAGAAGACCUAUGCCAUUGACAUCUACAGUUACGUCUGGGUCAACGGUGUACAGUACUGGAGCUUUCCCAUAGAAGCAGAUUUUUAUCUAGAUAAGAAUGAACAAAACGAAGUGAACGUAGGGUCUUAUCCGUGA